AUGUCCCGCAAUGAUGAUCCAGUUGUUACUUCGAAUGGUUCCAGUACUGAUGUCAAUCGUGGAAGCCGAAUCACAAGUGAACUAAAGAUGAAAGAAAGCAAUGCAGUCAGAGGACAGCCACGUGGAUCCUGUUCUCCAACCAACAACGACGUUUCGGCGCCCGGAUACGCCUCACGUUCUCACCCGACCACCGACCCAAGCCAUUCCGUAAGACGAAGUUCGCGAAUUCGACGAGUACCGGACAGAUAUGGUUCAUCUGUGGAGCACCUUUCAACCUCCACCGGAACUCCGCGAGGAUCGACAUCCACACAGCUCGGUCAAGCCUCCACUCGCAACGGAAAUCGAUAUACAGCUUCUGGUCGAAACCCCUCUUGCCAAGGGAAUCGCUAUUCGUCAAUAAGGGGGAAGGUGUUACGGUGA